AGUGACUGCUGGCUGAAUUGUGUGAAGUGAUAGACUACAAGUUAUUCACCUUUAUGGUGACGCUAGUGAGCCCCCCCUCCACAGUACAGCAUGAUUAACGUUUUGUUGUAAGCAAACUCCCUAAACGACAUAUUGCUUUUAGCACCAGUCAAAUUUACAGUGACGUAAAACACGGUCUUGGAUGUCACCGUUAGUUCCUGUUUUUGAAGGGCACAUUACCACCCAUCUGUGUUCAACUUUAGCUUGGGGUACUGAUUCAUUGGUCCAAGGCCCUGGAUGGAUAGCUUGGACCCUGAAACCCUGUAUGAGUCUCCUGAGCAGACUGGACAGCCCAUGCUCUCCCUCUCUACCUCAGAGGUUCCCAACUUGGCACUAGAGGGUGGGAAGAAGAUGAAUGGGUCUUUGGACCACCCAGACCAACCAGAUGUUGACGCCAUUAAGAUGUUCGUGGGACAGAUUCCACGGUCCUGGUCUGAGGAGCAGCUCCGUGAGCUGUUUGAGCCUUAUGGAGCAGUCUAUGAGAUAAAUGUUCUGAGAGACCGCAGCCAGAAUCCACCACAAAGUAAAGGCUGCUGUUUUAUAACAUACUAUACUCGCAAAUCAGCCUUGGAAGCACAGAAUGCUCUGCACAACAUGAAGAUUCUGCCAGGGAUGCACCACCCAAUCCAAAUGAAGCCAGCUGACAGUGAGAAAAACAAUGCAGUGGAGGACAGGAAGCUGUUUAUUGGAAUGAUCUCCAAGAAGUGUAAUGAGAAUGACAUCCGACUGAUGUUCUCACCAUAUGGACAGAUAGAAGAGUGCCGGAUACUUCGAGGCCCUGACGGACUGAGCCGUGGUUGUGCAUUUGUGACAUUCACAGCGAGACAAAUGGCCCAGUCAGCCAUCAAGUCCAUGCACCAAUCCCAGACCAUGGAGGGCUGUUCAUCACCCAUCGUGGUGAAGUUUGCAGACACUCAGAAGGACAAGGAGCAAAAGCGCAUGGCCCAACAGCUGCAGCAGCAGAUGCAGCAACUCAGUGCUGCUUCCAUGUGGGGAAAUCUCACUGGUCUCAACAGCCUGGGGCCACAGUACCUAGCACUCUACUUACAGUUGCUGCAGCAAACAGCCUCUACGGGGAAUGCACUUAACCUGCACCAUGUUUCAGGUCUUAAUGCCAUGCAGAACCUGGCUGCUUUAGCAGCAGCAGCAACUGCCACACAGGCCACGCCCACAGGCUCCAGCGCAAUGACAACAUCUAGUAGUCCACUAAGUGCUCUAACAAGCUCAGCAGGCUCCUCCCCGACUUCCAGCAGCAACUCAUCAGUGAACCCCAUGGCUUCUUUGGGAGCCCUGCAGUCUCUGGCUGCUGGUGCUGGAGCCAGCCUCAACAUGGGCUCCCUGGCAGGUAUGGCAGCACUGAAUGGCAGCCUUGGCUCCGGAGGCCUGUCUAAUGGUUCAGGGAACACCAUGGAAGCACUGAGCCAAGCCUACUCAGGCAUCCAGCAGUAUGCUGCUGCCGCCCUGCCCAGCCUCUACAACCAGAGCCUACUGUCCCAGCAGAGUGUCUCAGCCGCAGGCAGCCAGAAGGAAGAGGAUCCCUACCUGCCUUCAUCGCUGUGGACUACUCAUGAAAACACAGCAACUGCACUGCAAACAGCAGCAACAUACCUGUUCAAAGGGCAAGAGAUCAGGACCUCCAAUCUGUGCUGCUGGAGGAAGAAAUUAUGAGAGUGAAAAUGGAAAUGGAGAAGUUAUAGAUUGAACAGGAGAAGCUUGAGCUUGAGAAAUGUAAACUUGCCUUAGAAAUCCAGCUGUUCGAGCAAAUUGCCUGCUUCAUAAUCAAGAAUGAGUGUUUUUUUGAUGAAUAAUCCCAUGCAUCCCGUACAUCUAAAUACAUAUCAUUUUCUGAAUAAACCCCAUAAAUGUAAAGCAAAAAUAAAAAAAUAAAAAACAGUCUUAGGCAUUGCCCUCAUUUAGGAUCCUAAUUGCCUGAGGGUAGAAGUUCUUAAUAAGCCUCUCAAUGCUAGCCUGGUGUAUCUCAUACCUUCUUUCUUUCUCCUUCAACAGGGAGAAAAGGCAGUUGUACAACCCGAAUUCCAAAAAUGUUGCCUAAAACAUAAAUAAAACAGAAUGUGAUAAUUAAUCCUUUGUGAAAAAAUUAUCCAUCGAAAACCGAUUGAAACUGGCCUGCCCACUAGUCUUUAUAGAUAUACACUCUGAAUUCUGAAUUUAAUCCAUUCUGUCGUGUUUAUACAUUGUCCCAACACUGCCCUUGCAAUUCUUUUUGGUAAUAGAAAUGCACAGCAUUUUAGGAAAGGGAGCGUGUCUAUGUUCCCCGGGUCCUAUGUUCCCCUCUUUGUAUGAGACUGGGGAACAUAGGACCCUUUUUCCCCGCUUUUCCCGAAAAGGGUCCUAUGUUCCCCGGUCUGUUACUUUUUCCACCAUUACUGCCAAAUUCCAUGGCAAAUAGGCGUUUGUAAGCCUAUGGGCUGUUUGACGCACAUAUGCAAAUAGACCUAAACGAGGAAAGAUUAGGUCAGGGGUGGCAAACCUGCAGGUCUCGAGCUAAUCCUAAUGCCAACCCUAACCCCAACGCCAACCCUAACCCUAACGCCAACCCUAACCCCGCAACAGUGGAGAGUAUAUGACCCUUUUUCAGAAAAAGGGUCAUAUGCUCCCUGGUAUGUAUUGCUACAGGGGAACAUAGGACCCUUUUGGGAAAAACGGGGAACAUAGGACCGUUUUUCUUAAAAUAGAACAUACGUCCCCGGGAACAUAGGGAAAUUCCCAGAAUUUCUGCUGUCUAAGUUAAAACAGUCUCUUUUGUGCUUUUAUCACCGUGGACCCACUGAUACUAGGAGGGGCAUAGUUCUUUCGCUGCUUCUUUCCAAAGGCCACUGUCAGCUUCUUUGUCUUGCUGUCAUUCAGGAUUAGGUUGUUGUCCUGACACUAUCAGAACAGGUCUCCUACUUCUACUUAGGUAGGUACCUUUUCAUUAUAAUCUGUGAUCAGGCCCACCGUAGCAAUGUCAUCAGCAAACCUUCAAAUCAAACUAAAUUCAAUUUUAUUUGGAUGGUAAAUGGUAAAUGGACAUGCACUUAUAUUGCGAUUUUCUAGUCGCUUUGCGACCACUCAAAGCGCUUUACACUACAAACUGCACUCAUUCACCCUUUCACACACACAUUCAUACUGGUGGCAGAGGCUACCCUAAACGGUGCCACCUGCCACCAUUGGGAAUUCAUUGUCACACCGAUGAACACAGCAUCGGGAGCAAUCUGGGGUUCAGUAUCUUGCUCAAGGAUACUACUACUGUAGGCUGCCAUGGUCAGGGAUCGAACCAUCAACCUCCGCUCAUCAACUGAGCAACACUCAACCUAUUUAUGUAGCCUUUUGUGGAAAAAAGUGCUAACUAAGUGUAAAACUUCUAUAUACAUUGACCAACCACCACAUUAGGUACACCUUGCUAGUGCCCUCUUUUUUCUUCAGAACUGCCAUAAUUCUGCGUGGCAUAGAUCCAACAAGGUGCUGGAAACAAUCGUUAGAGAUUUUGGUCCAUAUUGACAUGAUAGCAUCACGCAGGUGCUGCAGAUUUUAUGAUGCCACUACAUCCCAAAGGUCUAUUGGAUAAAGAUGUGGUGACUGUGGAGGCCAUUGGAGUACAGUGAAGUCAUUGUAAUGUGCAAGAAACCAGUUUGAGAUGAUUUGAGCUUUGUGACAGAGCACAUUAUCCUGCUGGAAGUAGCCAUCAGAAGUUUUGACUUGGUCAGAUUUCUAGAUAUAAGAGUGGCCCUAUCCAAAGUCGGAGGAAUGCCAUCAGAGUCUUCUAAUCAGACCAGGUUUUCCCCAGAAAGUCCUUCAGUUAUCUACAAAGCC